CCCUCUCCAUCCAUGCCCUGGAUUUUCGCUCUGGAAAAAUAUGGUAGGUUGCGAUCUCGCAAAAGAAUUUCCAUCUGGUUUUACUCCACUGCAACGCACUGUUUUCAUGUUGGCCCGCUGCAAUGCAUACUCAAAGAACUACUGGAGAGAAAUUUCGAGACGGGAGAGGAGGCGGAAACAGGUGCUAACCCGGAAGAGGCAGUGGUCCGAGGUGUCUCCUGAAGUGUUUGGCUGCCACGGACGGGUUCGGCGUCUGUAAGGAAACAUAAACCUACUUUUUUUUUCUUCUAUUUCUUAGAUGCUGAGAUGAAUCAUCACCUGUAUAUUUGGCUUUUUAGAAAUCCAUCUUUUACUGGUUCCCUGCAGCGUCACAUCCAUCUUUAUGCUCAUCAUUUAAAACACAAACAUCUUGAUAUAAGGCUGCACAUUUUUAGGCAAAACAGGAGUCACAUUUUCCAUCUGUUAAAUAAGAGUUGGUCCAGGAGAUACUGUCAUAAAGACACCCAAAUGGUUUGGAAAUACAAAGCACUGCAGAAAUACAUGGAGGACCUCAAUAAGGAAUACCAAACACUUGAUGAGUGUUUACAUCGUGUCUCUGUGACUGAUGGGAACCAAAAGUCCUUGAACCGAAGACAUGCUGAAUUAGCACCCCUUGCAGCCAUAUACCAAGAAAUUCUGGAGGCCCAACAAGCUAUUGAAGAAUUAGAGUCAAUGUGUAAAAGUCUAAAUACACAUGAUGAAAAGCAGUUACAAUCACUUGCAUUGGAAGAAAGACAAGCCAUUGAGGAAAAAAUCAACAUGUUAUACUCUGAGCUCUUCCAGAAUCUAGUUCCAAAGGAGAAAUAUGACAAAAAUGAUGUUAUUUUGGAAGUGACAUCUGGAAGAACUACUGGAGGUGAUAUCUGCCAGCAGUUUACCCGAGAAAUAUUUGACAUGUACCAGAAUUAUUCAUGUUAUAAACACUGGAAAUUUGAACUUCUGAAUUACACACCAGCAGAAUAUGGUGGACUGCAUCAUGCAGCUGCCCGAAUUUCUGGUGACAAUGUCUAUAAGCAUUUGAAGUACGAAGGUGGCAUUCACCGAGUUCAGCGCAUCCCUGAGGUGGGCCUGUCAUCGAGGAUGCAGCGUAUUCACACUGGGACAAUGUCCGUCAUUGUCCUCCCUCAGCCAGAUGAGGUAGAUGUCAAAGUGGAUGCCAAAGAUUUGCGAAUAGACACAUUCCGAGCCAAAGGAGCAGGAGGACAGCACGUUAAUACAACAGAUAGUGCUGUCAGACUCGUCCAUCUACCCACAGGACUAGUAGUAGAAUGCCAACAAGAACGAUCACAGAUAAAGAAUAAAGAAAUAGCUUUGCGCGUGUUGAAAGCACGACUCUUUCAGAAGAUUAUUGAGAAAGACAAAUGUCAGCAACAAAGUGCUAGGAAACUGCAGGUGGGAACAAGAGCGCAGGCAGAGAGAAUUCGGACAUAUAAUUUCACCCAUGACAGAGUCACUGACCACAGGAUAUCCUAUGAAGUUCGUGAUAUUAAGGAAUUUUUAUGUGGUGAGAAAUGCCUGGAUCAUCUAAUUCAGAAACUGCUUCAAUCAGCAGAUGAAGAAGCCAUCAUUGAAAUUCUUGACCAAAGGCUUAAAUCAGCCAAAUAAAUGCUAAUUUAUUAUAAAAUGAAAUGGGUCUUUGUGAAGAAGCACACUAAAGUAGGGAUAUCUUAAUGAUUAUUUGUAAGAUGCAGCUAUAAAUAUAU